AUGGUUCUGUUGGAUUUCAUGCAUCAAAAUUGUAAUAAAUCCUUCUCAAGCGAAUACUUUUGUGUACAAGUGAGUUCUCUGGAAACUUAUGGUCGUGUACUAGAAUGUAUUCUCAGUCUAAGCUUUCGUACUUUAAUUCCAUGGCAAUUACUUUUGAGUAAGGACUUUAACACACUCCCACCAAAGUUACUUCUGGAGUUGUCAUAUGACGCUGAUGGCCUUGCAGAGUGCCUGAGAAUAAAUGAACCGAAAUUGCUCCCUGAUCAGAGGCUGGUGUACGAAACUGUCGUCAAUGCCGUUGAAAAACAGGCGGGCGGCAUUUUUUUCCUCGAUGCUCCUAGAGGUACUGGCAAAUCCUUUGUAACACAAUUAAUACUUGCUAAGAUUCGUCGCGAGAAACAAAUUGCGCUAGCCGUUGCUUCCUCGGGAAUCGCUGCUAUGUCAUUCCCUUUACAUUUGGUGAGGGCCGAGGUUCCUACUUGCAACAUUGGCAAAAAUUCAGUGGAGGCUGAAGUUCUUAGACAGUACCGUCUCAUUGUAUGGGACGAAUGCACAAUGACCAAUAAGGGUGCCCUUGAGGCACUGAACCGGUCACUGAAAGGUAUCAGGGAUUCUACAGCUUCUAUGGGUGGUGUAACUCUAUUGCUUUCAGGAGAUUUCUGGCAAACCCUUCCUUUCAUCCCUAAAGGGAGACGGGCUGAUGAAGUGCGUGCAUGCCUUAAGUUAUCCACGUUAAGACCUUAA